CCCCGGGGCGCUAGGCCGGCCGUGGCCGGGGGGAGGGGCUGGGGCUCUGCCAGGCGGGCGUUAGGAGCCGCGGGGCGGGGGCGGGGGCGGGGGCCCAGUGACAACGGGGGCUGCUCGUGCGUCGCCCCUGUUUGACGCGGCCGUGAAGUGCCCGGAGCGGGUCCGGUCCGCGGCGGCGGCGGCCUGCGCUCGCUGUGGGGGCCGCUGGCCGUUGGAUGGGCGGGGUGGGGUUGCCCCGCUGAUGUCGGUCGCAGGUGACCGUGAAAACGGCAGCGCAGCCGAUCGCGUCACGUUCAAUGGCCGGAGCAGGGUGUCAAUGGGCGCCCCGGGUUGCCUGCUCCGGGCUCGCCUUCGUGUGUUGUUAAACAUUCGCGUUUCACUACAUAUCACGAGGCUUUUAAGUGGCUCCAUGAGCCUGCACCCUUGCUUCGUUUUGCACCCGUUGGAGGAUCUCGUCGUCACCCUGCGAGGUGCGAAGACGAAGCUAAACUUCGCGGGCGUCCAAGUCUGCUGCCCUACAGACCACUUGUUGCUUUACUAGUUGCAGAUCUGUGCCGCUGUCUUCGCUCCUGUGUGCUCUGCAGUGGCUUACUGAUCACAAAUCCACCUACUCCAUGCUAUUUUCCUUUUACUCUAAACCACACUAGAUGAAACAAUGUUUUUAGGAUAAACCAGAAAACCUUGAUGAUUACUGUCUGCUGGUCGUUGCUGUUGCAUGAAAGUAUCCAAAAAUGCAUUGUCUUGGGGCAGAAGACCUGCGACAAAGAAAGAAGCAAAAUAGCACAGAAACUGACAAAAUGGCUCCAGAUGAGAGAAACAAAGAAAACCCAAACCUGGGAAGAUCGCCAAAAUAUGUCUUAUUUCAACGUUUUGCAAAGCUUUUCUUUGGCUGUGUCGCAGCUGUCACUAGUGGGAUGAUGUAUGCUGUGUACCUCUCAACAUACCAUGAACGUAAAUUCUGGUUUUCCAGCAGGCAGGAACUUGAACGAGAAAUUACAUUUCAGGGUGACAGUGCCAUUUAUUACUCAUUUUAUAAAGAACUGCUAAAGGCUCCUUCCUUUGAAAGAGGUGUUUAUGAGCUGACACACAACAAUAAAACUGUAUCGCUGAGGACUAUAAAUGCAGUGCAGCAAAUGACAUUGUAUCCAGAGUUGAUUGCCAGUGUUUUAUAUCAAGCAUCUGGUAGCGAAGAGGUUAUCGAGCCAGUGUAUUUCUACAUUGGUAUUGUUUUUGGACUGCAGGGAAUUUAUAUGGCUGCAUUGUUUGUAACCAGUUGGGUUAUGAGUGGGACUUGGUUGGCAGGAAUGCUGACCGUAGCAUGGUUCAUUAUUAACAGGACAGAUACAACAAGAAUCGACUACUCCGUUCCUUUAAGGGAAAAUUGGGCAUUGCCAUAUUUUGCAUGUCAAGUUGCAGCUCUUACAGGCUAUUUAAAAAACAACAUAAAUUCUUCUGCUGAGAGGUUUUGCUACCUUUUGGUGAGUGCUUCAACAUAUACUUUCAUGAUGAUGUGGGAGUACAGUCACUAUCUGCUGUUCGUCCAGGCUGUCUCUCUAGUCCUGCUGGACAGCUUUGCCCUUGUGCAGACAGAUAAGGUGCAUGAAGUGUACAAAAUCUAUCUGUUCUCUCUCUUCCUGGGAUAUCUCUUACAGUUUGAAAAUCCAGCUUUAUUAGUAUCUCCAUUACUAAGCCUUGUAGCAGCUUUAAUGCUCUCUAAAUGCCUUCAGAUGAAUGUGAAAAAGGACACAUUUAUUUCAAGGAUGCUAAAAAUAAUGUACUUUUACUUGGUAUUUAUGAUAACAGUGACAAUGAAUUUCUUAUUGAAGAUAUUUGUUCCUCAUAAAGAAAAUGAGCAUGUGUUGAAGUUCCUUGAAGUAAAAUUUGGAUUAAACACAACUAAGAACUUUACAGUGAACUGGCUUCUUUGUCAAGAAUCCCUUCAGACACCAUCUCAAGACUUUUUUUUGCGACUAACUCAGUCAUCUCUAUUGCCUUUUUAUAUUUUAGUAUUAAUUAUCUGCCUUUCUUCUGUAACUCAAGUCAUUUUUAGGAGAAUUAGUGGUGAACCACUCAAAGAAAAAAUUACACUUGACGAUGGCCGAAUUGGAGAAAGGCCAGAGAUUGCUUAUCAUGUAAUCCACACCAUAUUAAUGGGUUCUCUUGCAAUGAUGUUGGAAGGCGUGAAGUACCUGUGGACUCCCUAUAUGUGUAUGCUUGCUGCAUUUGGUGUAUGCUCCCCUGAGCUUUGGAUGACACUUUUCAAGUGGCUUCGACUGAGAGCUGUACACCCAAUAUUGCUGGCUCUCAUUCUGAGUAUGGCAGUUCCAAGUAUAAUAGGUUUCAGCUUGUGGAAAGAGUAUUUUCCUAGGAUAAUGACAGAGCUUUCAGAACUGCAAGAAUUUUAUGACUCAGAUACAGUAGAACUCAUGAUGUGGGUAAAAAGACAGGCUCCUGUUGCUGCUGUGUUUGCUGGAAGUCCACAGCUAAUGGGUAUGAUUAAGCUGUGUACUGGAUGGAUGGUGACAAGUCUACCUUUAUAUAAUGAUGUUGAUCUUCUACAAAGAAAUGAGAACGUUUAUCAGAUCUAUUCAAAAAGGUCUGCCGAGGAUAUUUAUAAGAUACUCACAUCCUACAAAGCCACCUACCUAAUUAUAGAGGAUUCAAUUUGCAAUGAGGUUGGACCUGUGAAAGGAUGUAGGAUUAAAGACUUACUGGAUAUUGCUAAUGGCCAUGUGGUUUGUGAUGAAGGUGACAGUUAUGCCUACUCUAAAUAUGGGCGAUUUUGUCACGAGAUCAAAAUGAACUAUUCUCCAUAUGUGAAUUAUUUUACUCGGGUAUACUGGAACAGAUCCUACUUUGUGUAUAAAAUCAACACUGUGAUAUCCUUCCAAUCUUGAAAAAUCAUGGAGACUUCUUUUUGAAGAUUGACCAUGUAUGGAAUUAAUAGGAGUUCCUAUUUUAAAAGUGGCUUUUUUACAGAUCAGAGUGGGAGCAUGCAGAAUGCUUAUUCUGUUAGUUUACCAAACUGGAACUCUGGACUACAGCUCAACAAGCAAAAGUACCACCCUCUAAGGAGAUGUGAGCACUAGUCAAUUUUACAGUCUACAAAGUGUGACCAUCUUCCAUAAUUCUUACAUUUGUCUUUCCAGUUUUUCCCAUUUUGAAUCAUCCUAAUUUUCAUGGAAAUAAAAUGUCUAACUUAAAUAUUACAACAAAUAAUUAAAUAACUUUUAGAUGGACCUACUUUGGAAAAUACAGAAAAAUUACAUUCAGACAUUUGGGGAUGAUUUAAAUUCAAGUUGUUAUACAGCUUUCAUUUUCUAGCAUUUGAAACCAUCAGAGUACCCCAAGUAAGAGUCCAUGCAAAUAGUUUGAUUUUCUGUUAACAGGACUGUCUCUAACUAUGUGCAUUACUAUCUCACACACUCACUCACUCAAACAUUUUCUGGGUGUAGGUGUAGCAUUUUUGUAUGAGCCAGAUCCUGAAGAUUUUAUUUAGGGAAAACACCCAUAAAUUUGACUUCAAUGCACGGACAAAGGGGUCCACCUACAUGGACGAGUUGGCAGGAUCAGGAUUUUAGUUUGGACUGAGCAGGUCUUUGGGAUUUGUCCACAUUAGAUAAUAAUAUAUACUUAUUCAUUUUAAUAGUUAUUAUGUAGUUAGUCUUGGUAAAAUAUUGCCACAAUUUUAUUUAAAACCCCCACAUACAACGAAGUCAUGUUAAAACAGUUGAUAACUAUUUUUUAAAUAUCUGCAUAUAAUGAAUUAAGAGUAUACUGUCAUGGUAUUUUUUCAAAAUUUUUGAAAAUAUUUUGUCCCCUCACUUUACUCCUUUCCCACACCACUCUAGUCAGUUUUCUUAAUGAAUUCUUCAUUUAUACAGUUUAUUUUGUUGCAACUUGCUGUGCUUCUGCUAUAAUGGAUGUUUGUUUGCCUCCUAUUUUUGGCCUGACCUUGGGGUCCUUAAACAAAACACCGCAAAAGUAAUGGACAUCUUGCCUGAGGACUGCAAAAUCAUUCCCGCUGUGUCUGCUAGAAAAAUGUAAAUCCAAAGAAUUCAACUUCUAUGAAGUGAGCAUAUACAGCAAGCAUAUGGUGCAGGUGUAUACUUACCAUUUCCUCUGCACAUACGUUUAUUUAUUGUUAUACUAACAGUGCUGCAUUAUCAAACAACUCUGGAGUGAUCUUUUUUUCAAAAUGCUUUAUUGUUGCAAAUGUCGUCAUAUCUGUAGUCCAGUUUUCAUUUCUAGAUGUGCUAAUUUUUGAGACCUGAAAACCUUGACAAUGUUUUAAAUUAUCCACUUUAUUUGAAACCAUGGCUCAGAUAAAUCCAUUAAACAAAAUAAUAAUGGGCUCAGUGAUCUGAAGGAAAAAUAGUUUUUAGUAUAAUUGAGUGACAGGGUAUAGUAAGUAGCCUUAUAUGAGAUGUAGCUUUGAUACAUCCAUUGUAUUAAGAAUGGGUGUGGGUGUUUGUGUGUAUUAUAUAUGUCUACUCACAAUGUGCACUCUUUGUGUGUUUAUACACAAGUGCAUAUGUGUAUCUGCACUGAACAUUUUUCAGGCUUUUCAGUCACUACAGUAAACUAAUGCAUUAUCUUCAGCUACUGCAAGCUGUGGGAACCUUUUAGUGGUCUUUUCUGUCUGUGAUAGAAUGAAUGUAGAUGUAUUUAAUAUUUUGAAAUAAUUCUAGAACUCCAGAUGCGGUUGGAGUUCAUUAUGAUUGACCGACUGUCAGGGAUUUCAUACUUGUGUCUCAUUCCUAGUAAACGCAUGAGCCUAAAUAUUAAUGAAUUCCAUUUCAUAAUAGCAAUAAGGCAUUCCAGGUAGUGAAUUUCAGGGUGACUGUUGCACUCCUUGGUGGCUGAAGUCACUUAGCCAAUGGCCUCAUGCCUUGUAACAGCAUUCAAUGUGCAAUAUUUUAAUUACCCUGCAAUAGCCUGCCUAUUGUGUUUUACUGCAGUGCUGUGUGUGUAUAGUACUGAGUAGUACAUAGCUGUAUUUUUCUAUACAUAUGUAUUCUAUGUGUAGUAUUCACACUAACGGCCGUUCUACACAUAUGAAAAUAAAUCCCAGCUGUAGCACGUUGACCUUCAUAUAUUUGAAUAGACAUGUUAGCUCUUGUUUGAACCGUGAUAUUAUAAUGGUAUGUGUUAUCAUUCUUUUUAAGUAGUGAUGCUACUUCUGUUGAUUCUGCUUUAGGAGAAUCAAAAUUAGGAGGAUUUUUAAUGUGUAUCACAGCAGCAUUGGGUUAUCAGGCUAAAGAAAAUAGAAAAAAAUCUCUUGUAACUGUGGGAAAAUGUAGCUGUUGUAAUCCCUGUUAAAAGGCAAAAAUAUUUAAAAAAUUAACCUAAAAAUCAAAACUUUGGUUUGAACAUCCAAUCCAGUUGCUGACCUGCUUAUGAAGUAGCCAAAAAAGUGUCAUCUACUAAAAGUCUAUUCUAUUUCCCACUUUUUAUGUAGAACACAGGUUCUAUGGUGUUCCUGGGAAGGACUAAAUAGGGCUUUUCAUACAAGUAAGCUGCAGUUAUGCCCUAACUUGCUUUCCAGCAUAGGUCACUAGCAUUACAAGCCUACUAAAUGAAUAAAAACUCAUAGUUGUCGGGGUGGGAGAACAUACUGAAAAAUCACAUCUGUUUUACUGUAGAAAUUGCAAUCCAUUUGAAAUAUGUGCCUUGAAAGCUUUAUUAAACAAACAAAAUCUUUCAACUUGUGUUUAUUUUUGUGAAGAUUUUUAAUCCAUUUCCUCUGCAUUUAUAUAGUUUCAAUUGUAUCUUAUUUUCAGCAGGAAAAGAUCCUAGCAAGCUCCUCGAAAGGUGCUGUUGCGGUGAAUGGCACAGCUAGCGUCUGUGCCAGCCAUUUUGUUCACAACCUUUGACUCCAUUAGCUCAGAAAGAGUGAUAAAUUUACAUAGCAAGUUGUUGUUUUUGUUCUGGCUUACUUCCUCCUUCCCCCUGUGAGCCAUCAAUGAACAAAAAUAUUAUCUGAAAAGGUUAUAGAAGGUUAUGGAAGAUUGAGCAACAAAAUACUCCUAACCUUUCACCUUUAGAUCUCUGGUUUCAGAUCACAAGUGAAAUGAGAGUGGUGAUCUCAGCCUAGUCCCUAAAACAUACUUUAUCCAGACUGAGUCUAAACUACCACAUAAUUUGACACAAUUUUGCAUGAUUGUCUAGAAGAAAUAUAGGACUAGAUUAGCACAGGUGAUAAAGGUCAUGAUUAAGAUGCUUUGUCCAAACCAUGCAACAUUCUCAUUAAUUAUUUAAUACAUUGAAAGAGCACUUUCACUUCCUCCAAAAUAAUUUUUUUUUUUUUAGCUGACAGCUGCCAUGCUUAGGAAACAAAAACUAGUGUUACAAAGAACAAGUGUUUAAUGGACAUUUUAGGUUUUUCCAGUUACUCACAUUGUUGCAUAUUAAAAUAUAAAUAAGACCAAAUCUAGCUUGUCUUACUCAUGUAAUUAGUGUUCAGUCAAAUAUCCCUUUGGCUUCACAGGAAUAAAAACUUCAAGAUUAGGUCCUAGAUUUGUAAAUUUUCAGUGAACCGCAUGUUGAUUACCGAUGUUAACUUUAUACAAUCCCUGUAUUUUGACCAAAACCGAUGCAUGUGCAGAUGCAUUUAGAGAGUUCUUCUAUCCUGCAAUCAUGUUUUGGAGACUUUAAAUGUGUAGUUAUUAUUAUUACUAAUGGCAGUUAAACUGCUAAAUGCCCUGUAUUGAUAUGAAAAUAGAUUCCAAAGUACAUUGGAAUAAGGAUGUAGCAAAAAUUGAUCUUAUUUCAAUUGGCUUGGCAGGAUUGGAUUAUUGUGAUGGAUAAUGUAAAUAUUUAAGCAUUUUUAUUUUUAAUCUCGUGAAAUGUUCACAAUUGUGAGAAAUUAUUGGUGGGUCAGACAAUUAUUUACUGACAGAUUUUAAGAUUCAAAAAGUUAAAUCUUGUUUUAACAAUUAAAAUUGUCAAAAUCAGAUAUCAAAAUGUUCACUGAAUACCCUUAAUCAAACUAAGUUCUUAGGUAGCAUUUUUCUUUCUUUGCCUAUCUGUAAGUUUUUUCAAUUAUGGAUGGAAAUUUUUUUUGUUUUGUGUGUGUACAGUGAAGUCAAUGUUUACCUACAUUUACUGAUAAAAAUCUAAUCCUUCCAAGCCUAAAUACUGUACAGGCAAUAGUUCACUGAAAUAAUACCUCAUUUUUAAUCUAAUUGUGUGUUGAAUAUUCUUAAUAUUGAAUUUUAGUAAGGUAGUGGAAGCUAAAGGAACAUGCAGUGCAUGUUUAUAUAGUAACCAUCUUUAUGUUAUCAGUGCAGCCAAAUAUGUUUAAAGACUUUUCUGAAUUGUUUAGUACCUUAAUUGCUGUUCAAAUGUGUUACUAGAACUGGUGAUAUUUUAGACAUCAGUACAAUUAAAUGCAUGUAUGAUUCUGCUUUUGAAAGUGAGAUUAUAAAGGUUUUUUAUUUGAUGGGAAAAGUGGUGCAUGCAGUGUAUUAUAUAAAAUUUUAACAUUGUACUUUGAGUACAGAAACAUCUUGCUGGCAAUGCUUUGUUUUUUCAUGUUGACACUUAUUGGUGGUGCAUGUGGCAUAAUUGACAUAUCUAAUCAUGUGCAAGUAUUUAAUGACAAAUCUAAAAGAAAUUGUACUGUCUCUUCUGGGACAGAUUGCUCUCAAUACAGUUGGUAUACUGUAACUAUUCUCCUAUGACAGAUGUUUCAUCUUUGCAAAAGACUAAAUGCUAAAACUGAUGCAUAUGGAUCACUUGAGACAAACUUCUUACCUUUGCUUUUGAGACCUCAAAUAUUCUUUCAUAAGGAAAGUAAAGUAGUUUUAUUUUAUGGAAAAGUAACCUGCUUGUUCCUUUAUAGUAAUAAAAUUGUUUUUGUACUUUUUGCUUACA